AUGGCAGCAGAAGCGCCGCUCAUCAGCGCGGAGCGCGAGAUGCUGGAGGCCGUGGCGAGCGAUGACGCAGAGAGAGCGGCAGGUCUCAUGCGGAGUGACGCGAUGACGGCGCAGCUGCUGAAACUGAGGGUUCGGCCCACCUACCACGACGCCACGGCCACGGAGGCCUUCUUCCACUCAGUUGCCUCUUAUGGCCUAAGCUUUGGCCUGGGCGAGAACAUCACGCAGCUGGCAAAGAGGAACGGCGCGACGGAUGUGCUCGCAAUCCUUCAGAAUGUCGAGGUGCGCCUGGGGUUGGACGCCGCGCGCCGCAUCGAGGCCGAGGCCGAGCUUCUGAGCAUCAUCCGGUCCAAGAACCGCAGGAAGCUCCUACAAUUUUUGAGGACCUGUCCUAUCAUAGAUGAGCUGCUGAAGGCGCAGGUCAAGGCCAGCUACCAUGACGCCAAAGACAAGGAGGCCGUUUAUCACUCGCUGGCCUCCUACGAACUGAACUUUGCGAUCGGCGAGUCGCUGCGGGAGGUGGCCCUCCGCAACGGCUGCUGUAUGGCCGACGACUUCCUUCCGCCGGAAGUUCAGGAUGAGGCGCCCGCGGCACCAGCGCCGCCGAUGGCGACGGGGGAUCUGCGCGUCGUGCUCACCAGUGCGAUGACAGGGGAGGCCAUCUGCAGCCUGGACGCCGGGCGCCAGUGGACCCUGGCCAUGCUCGCAAGGGCGGCGAACAGCUCGGCGCCGGCCAAGGGCUGCCGAGUGUUCUUGCGGGGCUCAGCAGCGCUCACCGCGGGCACCGUGCUGGCAGACCUGGCGGAGGAGGAAGCCUCGCUCGAGCUUGCAACUUUGGUGGUGGCCAAUGUGGAGGGCAAGUACACUGCCGGAGUGCCCGGUAGAGAGGAUCACUUGGAUUUGGGCCCUGGGCGACUCGCUGGUCUCGGUGGUCUCGGUGGUCUCGGUCGCGGGCGCCGAGCGCGAGAUGGACGACUGGAGCUCGACCUCAAGGCGGAUGGAAGUGCCCACAUGGAGUACCAGGUCUUUCCAGUGGACCGGGGGCAUUGCGCGGGCUCCAGUGGGGGGUGCUGGGUGAGCGCCAAUGGCCGCUGGGAGUUCGACGCAGGUGUGGCGAUACGGUUCAGCAGUGGCCGCAAAGGCCGCUUCGAUCGCGGACGCGCCAGCGACGACGGUGGGACAUGGCAGGAGCACCAGAUGCAGCUCUCCAUGCCGCAGGAGGGCCAGCUCCAGGCUGCGUGGGAGCGGCUCUAUGCCUCCCCUAGGCGGGAUCACUUUGGUGAGGGUGUGAGGAGGCGCGCUCAUCAGGAGUGGUUUCUCAGCCUCGCGGGGCGAGAGGCACAGGUGCCCCUGAACCGACGGCAGCUGGAGAACGCCUUCAAGCUCUACGACUUCGAUGGCACCGGCAGCAUCUCCAAGCCGAACCUUCGGAAGGUCCUGGCGUCUCUCUUCGGCAUUCUGCCAGAUGCGGGUGAGCGCGUGCUGCAGCAAAGCUUCGGCACGAAGGUGGAGAUCACGCUGAGGGACUUCAUCUCGCUCUACUUGGACUCGGUGAAGGUCGCUGGGCUGCCCGGACUGGAGGACCUCAGGGAGGCGUUCGACCUCUUCGACCAGGACAAGAAUGGCACGCUCGACCUCAAAGAGCUUCUGCACGCUUUCGAGCAGUGCGCGCCAACGACGGUUCCCAGUGCGGACAUCACCGAGCUUUUCAAUGCCAUUGACGUGAACAAGGAUGGCACCAUCGACUUGGCGGAAAUGAUCCAUUUCCUGGCAAAGACUUGGACAGAUGGUUUUCAUUUAGCUCGCUAG